AUGGCGGUGACGUCGCUCAAAGACUGGCCGAAUGAGCUGCUCUUGUCUCUCUUGAAUUUGCUACCGUUGACCGACCUGCUCUCCAUGAGUAGGGUCAGCAAAUCCAUCUACGCUCUAUCCCUACCUCUUAUUUACUCGACUAUCGAGACAACCUGGGUUUUAGGUACCAUGCCGCCCGUUGUCCUGCUACUGAGAAGCCUUGUCGAGCGGCCCGAGCUGUCAGGCCACAUUCGCAACCUACGUCUCGAGGGAAAUGGAGUACAAGGUAGAACCGAACUCACGGAGCUGCCCGCAUUCCCUAUCGACGCGCCUCUACUUAGCAAAGCAUCAAAGAUCAUAAAAGCUACUAAAGUGCCGUUUGUCGAUCGUUGGAUACACGAGUUGCAAUCUGGCACCGUCGAUGCUAUCGUGGCACUGCUCCUGGCCAUGCUGCCUAAUUUAACGUCUCUCUUUCUUGGGCCUAACUUUACGGUUCGAAGCCGACUCUGGGGAGGCAUGUUUCAAUGCGCUCUUUGCAAGCCGCAACAGAAUUAUCAACUACCUGCAUAUAAAAUCCUUCGACACGUCACGUCCAAGUUUAGGGCCAAAGAAUACUACCAUGAUGACAUUUGCAACGCGGCCGAUGUUCUUCCCCUGUUCUAUCUCCCGAGCAUCGAGAAUCUAUCAGUAUCUAUUGAUAACCCGGCUGAAUUUACCUGGCCCGCUUCGCAUGCGCCAGCUCCCUCGUCGAUAGUCUCAUUGGACAUAUACAGGCUGCGCGAAUCCCGGUUGGAACCCGUCCUGUCCGUAUUGAAGGGGCUCCAAAGACUGCAUUGGCACUGGUUCUACCAGCCUGACCUUGACGAGGAGGUUAGCAAAGGCGUGGUACGACUUGACACGGCCGCUGCGGCACUUAACAAAGUUGCUGAUACGCUCACCGACUUGACUAUCAGUGCAAUGACCCGCCCUGCGUACUCCGUUGGCGAUUAUGACCCUCCUCCGCUAGAAAUCCAAGCAUCGCUAGAUGGCCUUUCCCGUCUGAGGAAGCUCAAGAUAUUAAGUCUCCCAUGGGCCUUUUUGAUUGGGAUGGGCUUCUCGGAAUCACCCACUAAGAGACUCCUAAGCGCACUUCCUCCAAGCCUUGAGGUGCUUCGGCUAACGGCAGACUUGGAUGACCAUGACGAGUGGGAGUGGGAAGAAGAGGACUCUGUGAUAGACGCUAUAAAGUUAGAGCUUGCGGGUCUAUCCUCGUCGCGUCAUCCUUCUUUACGUCGUAUUAUUCUGCCUAUUCCUUUCGAGCAUAGCGAAAUAACCAAAGACCAGAAGGAGGAGCUACAAACAAUUGGCGCAAGUGUAGGACUUGAGUUGAGAUGGAUUCAAUAG